AUGAAAUAUAAACUCCUAUUGGUAAUAGCAUUAGGCGUUUUUUCCUUUUUAUCCAUUUCCAAUUGUUAUAUUAUAAAAUACAUUAACGUGAAAGGUGAAAAUAGUUUUUUAUUUCAUAAAGAGAAAAAAAAAAAAAAAAUUUAUGUAAAAAAUGGUUGGCAUAAUAGCUCGAAAAAUGACUGUAGAAAAGAGAAAAAACCAUCUCAAAUUUUGAACUCAUUUAUAUCAAAUCAAAAUUCAGAUGAUGAAACAGAAAAAAGUAAGGAAAUAAAAAACAAUAUUUUUAAUAUUAAUCCUAAUUAUAAUGAAUAUGAUAGAAAUACGGAUGAAGAAAAUGAGGAAAGUAAAUUAUCAUCAAUAUCAGAAUUGAAAAAAAAUAGUCAAACGAUUAUAAAUGAAAAAGAAGAUGAUACUGAAACUUGUAAAAAAAAUGAUAUAAAACAAUGGAAAGACGAUUACAAAAUAAAUGAUUCUAUAUCAAAUGAAUCUGAUAAUAAUUAUCUAAACAAAAUAAAUGAAAAUAAAAAUAUUCAUGUAAAUAAUCACUUCUCAUGCAAUAAAACAUCACAUGAUGCAACUGAAGAUGGAAUAACCAAAUCAGAAAAUUCUUAUGGAAUAAAAUGUAAAAAUAAUAUAGAAAAAUAUGAUAAAGAUAAUAGCAUUGAAUAUAUAUCUGGUACGGAUUUGGUUAAAAAAUACGAUAUAGAUGAUCAAGGGCAAGAACAUAUAAAUUCUGAAUCUGAAAAAAAAGAAAUGGGAAAAAAUAAAAAAUAUAAUGAUUUAAAGAUCAUUAGAAAUUUGCCAUUAGUAUCAAUUAUAGGACGACCCAAUGUAGGGAAGUCUACAAUAUUUAAUAGAUUGACACGUAAAUUUCAAGAGGGUAGUAUAGUUUUAGAUAAACCAAGCACAAGAGAUAAAUUUUAUGGAAAAUCAGAAUGGGAUGGAUAUAGAUUUGAGGUUGUUGAUACGGGGGGAUUAAUAUUUGAAGAUGAAAAUUUUUCUAAAGAAAUCAGAGAUCAAAUUUUAUUAGCUCUUGAAGAGUCAUCUGUUGUUCUAUUCGUUGUUGAUGGUAUAAAUGGUGUGCAUCCUAUUGAUCUUGAAAUAUGCCGAUUUCUCAGAAAAUUUAUUAAAAAAAAAUACAAUAAAAUAAUUUCGAAACAAUCUAAAAAUGGUGAAUAUGAUAAUGAAUCAAAAAGAGAGCUCCUAAAAUGUGCCCAGAAAAAAACAUAUUGCAAUAACAUUGACAGUAAUAAUGAAAAUGUAGUUGAUAAUACAUUCCAAAACUGCCUAUCCGAUUCAAGUAGUGAAACAGAUUGUAGUAAAUCGAGUGUAAACACAGAAUUGAAUAUAUCCCAAAACGAAGAAUAUAUUUCGAAUGAUAUAAAUAAAACUGAAGAGGAAAAUCCAAAGCAAAAUGAAAUUUUAAAAGUUAUUGUAUGUGUUAACAAAUGUGAAUCUUAUAAAGAUGGAUAUAUUAAAGCACAAAACUUUUGGGAGUUAGGAUUUGAAACCCCAUUCCCAUGCAGUGGUAUACAUGGAAAUGGGUUAUCUGAAAUAUUAGAUGAAUGUAUAAAAUAUAUAAAAAAAGUAAAAAUAAAUGAAUUAGAAGAAGAAGAAGAUGAAAAAAAUACAAUUAACAUUAGCUUUAUCGGGAAACCCAAUACUGGUAAAUCUAGCAUAUUAAAUAAAAUAUUAAAUUGUAAUCGUUUUAUAGUUUCUCCAAUUGCUGGAACAACUAUAGAUUCAAUUGAUGUUUUAGUUAAAGGGAAAAAUGAUAAAAGAAUGUAUAGACUUAUUGAUACAGCUGGUAUACAAAAAAGAAAAAAAAAUGUCCCAUUUAAUGAAAAAACGAAAUUUGAAUAUUUACUAUUUAAUAGAACUGAAAAGGCUAUAAAAAGAAGUGAUGUGUGUGUAUUAGUUAUUGACUCUUUUAAUGGAAUUAGUAGUCAUGAUAUAAAUAUAGCAAGAAAAAUAUUGGAAGAAAAUAAAAGUUGUAUAAUUUGUUGUAAUAAAUGGGAUUUAAUAUAUAAUAAAAAUGAUAUAUUUAAUGAUACAAAAAAUUAUGUACUUAAUCUUUUAAAGCCUAUAGAUUUUUCUGAUGUUUUAUUUAUAUCAGCCAAAACAUCACAAAGAUUAUCAAAUAUAUUUCAACAUGCAGAAGAAGCUUAUAAAAAUUACACACGACGAUUAAAUACUAAUACUUUAAAUCAAAUUAUAAAAGAAGCACUUUUGCUUCGACCCCCUGUCCCUAUAAAAGGGAAAACAUUAAAUAUAUAUUAUGCUAUUCAAGCACAUAUUAAACCACCUGGAUUUGUUUUUUUUUGUAAUUCUGAAAAAUCCACAUAUUUAAAUUAUACUAAAUAUUUGGAAAGUAGAAUAAGAGAAGCAUUUAAUAUACGUGCAACCCCAAUCAAAAUUUAUUAUAAACAAAAGAAAAAAAGACGCCUUAUGAAAAAAUUCAAAGAUCCAGAUAAAUAUAACCUUGAUAUUCAAGAUAUUCAAAAAAAAUUUCUAGAAACCCAAGCUCAAAAGAAUGCCAUCAAUGAUUCCAAAAAGGUGUAA